AUGGACAGGCCAGGUUUUCAGUCUCAUAAACCACGCCAUAAUCAAAAGCAAUCACAACUGCUCCAGCAGUUCUUCUCGUCUGAUCAAUCGCAAGAUGCACAAAUAGAACACUUGGUUUAUCGUUUGACUAAUACUUCCCCAUCACCGGGAAUUGGUCGUCAACUACUUUCAAACAUCGCUUACUAUAUUCCGAUAAUUAAAAAUGAACCUCAAUUGGUGUCCGUUAUCUCAGGUUUAAUCAAUUCCCCUGUGUUUUUCACUCAGAUUAAUAUAGCUCCAAUAAUGCCUGGAAUUAUAAAUUUUCAAGAAGCUUACAUGAUUGUGGAAAUCAUUCAGCAUGUCGUCGAGAGGAAAAUUCUCGUUUCCUGCCCAACUAUCUCAUUGACAACAUUCUAUAAUCUUAUAUUAACCACUAUUAAUGUCAAAGACAGAAGCCCGCAAAAUAUGUUGAAACAAACAUUAAUUCUAACGGGGAUGUUGCUGGCAAGAGAUACCCUUCAAGGAUACCUCGACCCAGAACUGGCACUAUUUUUCAAUAAGUUCGAUAAAUUGGCACUUGAAUCGUUGGUGGAGAAUCUAAAUUUCAUAAUGGCGUUGAAUUCGGAUGAUCGACAAAUCUAUGAAGUUAAAGCAUUGAGUUUACUAUGCUUUGCAAAUGUUUUCCCGGUUCUUGAGUCGGUCCCUUAUGGCGAUGGUCUUAAAAAGAGAUCUUUAAGAGGACCAAUUGCCAUAUUUGCCUUGAAUUUGGUAUAUAACAGCUCUUUAGGGUUCAACGGUGGUGAUGCGCUCAGAAUAUAUAAUGAUGAUAAAAAUGCAGUACAUUCAUUAUUAUUACACCAACCAGUUUUGAGAAUUUUUAACAAGAUGUCACUUGUGGUGGAUAGUGCAUUAUAUGAAUCUGGGGUCCAAAAUGAUUUUGAAUCUUUGGGUAUAAGUUUACAGAUAAUGUUGACGUUUAGUAAACGAAUACAUGACAUUGCCUUUGAAAACUCCAGAAAGUUUAAUGUUGAAUUCAUGGCUUCGUAUUGGGAUCUUUUGAAACAAAUUGUGUUUUCAACGGUAAUAAUCUUCCAAUCAGUGGUUAACUUGUCAUUGGAGUCUCGUUGUUUGAGCCAGUCAUCUUACCUGUUUUUUCCAAGAUUUAUCACCAACUGGUAUCAAAAAGAUAUGGAACUUCAAAGAAGCCAUUUUGCUGAUUUUGCUGAAACAAUAUUGAAAACUCUAUUCUACUAUCAUUUCAUCAUUGAUAAAAUUGGAACCGGAGGGUUUAGUGCUUAUAAGGACAUUUACUCCACCAGCAUUGGAAUAAUUAAUACGAGCACAAUUGCCAUGCCUGAUGCUCCCCCAUCAUCAGCAGAAUCAUUAAGCGAUUUCUUCAUUUCUCAAAUCCAAUUCUCGGAUUUAAUCCGUGAUCCUUCAGCUAGGUCUAAGGUUUUAUUUUUGUUAGGAUAUUGGGAACUGCUUGUAUCGAUAUGCACUUCUAAGUAUUAUGACAAGGUAAUCAAUCCGGUGGUGACAGAAUUUCUAACUAAACCGUAUCGUACCAUCGAUUUCCAAAAUGUUGGUGGAACGAGAUCUAUUCUUGAGAAUUGCCAUUCUGUGAAACUCGCGAGUUUGAAGCUUGAAAAAUUGGCAGAGUCCAAUUGUAAUUAUGUGGUGGAUUAUAUGGGGGUGGUACUCCACCAAUUCCCAAUAGUUUUAAGUUAUAAUCAAUUGGUUGUGGCGACUAGUGAAAUCGGAGGGUUGGUUCACGGGGACGGAACACUCGGAAGACAUGAUCCACAGCUCCAGGAAAUCAUAUUGAAUAAAAUUUAUGCCAGAAUCUUGCAUGAAUCCCCAGGGCGGGCCAUAAUUGAUGCUGUGAAACCCGAAGCUGGCAAUAUUGGAACAACUAGCAAAGAGAUGCCACCGACCACUCGAUCAGCAGUUAUCACGGCAUUUAUUAGUACUGUUCCGUACAUUGAAACGUCUGUGAUGUUGUACUGGUUACAAAAAUUGCACGUACAGAUUGUCAAGUGCCAAGGAGGGGUAGAGCGAGAGUAUUGCGAGAAAAAGCUUUGGGAGGUGAUAUCUAAUGAUCUUGGGUUGGUGAAAGCAGAUGUUGCUAUCACUUGGUGGUACAAUUGCGUUAUUGGCAGGAAAUCACAUAUAUAG